UAUUUUGAGUAUCCAAUAUAGUACUCCGGUCAAUUUUUUUCUUUAGGUUUACGGCAUAACAAAGCCCUUCUAGAAACCGCUUAAAAUUAAGCGCGCAGCGGCAACUCAGUGAGCAAUCGGAAUCGGAUACUGAGAUGUCGAAAACGCUGGUGCAGCCGGUCGGCCAAAAACGGCUGACGAACGUCGCCGUCGUCCGUCUCAAAAAGCACGGAAAUCGUUUCGAAAUCGCAUGCUACAAGAACAAAGUCCUCUCCUGGCGCUCCAACGUAGAGAAGGAUGUUGAUGAAGUCCUGCAAUCGCACACUGUGUAUUCCAAUGUCUCCAAGGGAGUUCUAGCCAAAUCCAAAGAUUUGAUUGCGGCUUUUGGGACUGAUGAUCAGGAAAAAGUCUGUUUGGAGAUUUUGGAGAAAGGAGAGCUACAAGUCGCAGGGAAGGAGAGGGAAUCACAAUUUUCGAGUCAAUUCAAGGAUAUUGCUACAAUAGUCAUGCAGAAGACAAUCAACCCUGAAACUCAGUAUCCAUAUACCAUAAGCAUGAUUGAACGCCUAAUGCAUGAAGUACACUUUGCUGUUGACCCGCAUAGUAGCUCAAAAAAACAAGCACUGGAGGUCAUCCGUGAGCUUCAAAAGCAUUAUCCGAUUAAACGGGCUCCAAUGAGGUUACGCCUGACCAUACCAGUACACCACAACACUUCCAUAUUGGAGAAACUUAAGGAGUGGAAUGUUGGUGUUAUUUCAAGAGAAGAAGCUGCAAGUCAGCUUUCUAUUAUUUGUGAUAUAGAACCACACCUUUUUCGAGAUUGUGAUGCCUUGGUAAGGGAUUUUCAAGGGAGGUUGGAAAUCAUUGCAGCUAACAUAAAUGUCGAAGGCGACACACUUGUGGAUCAGUAUGAUGAUCAUGAGGAUGAGCCAUCAAGCCUGAGUGAAAAGAUGCAAAAGCACACGAUCACUUCUGAGAUUGAAAAUCCCAAGGGAGAGAAAAAGCAGAACAAGUCAACAAAGAGUAGUGGGAGCACAGAAGGAGAAGGGAAACUGAACAAGUGCAGCACAUGCAAUGCAUCGAUUGGAGAUGCAAAAGAGUACAGGGAGCACUUCAAGAGUGAGUGGCACAAACACAACCUGAAGCGGAAGACUAGGCAGCUUCCUCCUCUCACUGCUGAAGAGUGUAUAUCUGAAGUGGAACUUAGUGACUCAAAGGAUGACCUGAAGGAAUAUUCAUUUUGAGAGGUGGGUACAAGAUUCUUAGGUUGCAAGCAUCACAGUAAUAUGGUCUGUAAUGUUGGUGGGUCACAUUUCUGGGGUUUUUGUCUUUUGAAUCUGAAAUAUGCAGUGUUACGUACUUGCAUCAUAAUUUUUCAGAGCGUGAUGAAUUUUUUAGUUUUAACUGAAGGAGCGUGAUAUACUAUUGGUGGUUUUGUUCGCACAUGUCCCAGUGUUGGUUACUUGCUGUUGCUGGUGCCAGGUGAAAUGCAUUGUAGAAUACUUUAAGCUCUAUUUUUUAUCACCUGCAUUAUCCCAUUAAGAUACUGUAAAUAAUUAGUUUUGUAAAAACUCUUUUAAUCCAAUUUAGGGGAUACUCAAUCAUAUCCACUCCAUGGGUUUUUAUUGGUUGCCAUCUCAAGAACUGUAAAACCUCCUAAUCCAUGUGUACAUAUCCACUUCUGCUGCAAUUCAAGUCGAAAUUUGGCUGUCC